ACGCCGAUGUCCCGCAUCCACCUCCGCCUCCGCCGCCGCUUGUCCUCCUCCUCCAACUCCACCUCGCUGGCCUCACCCUCCUGGUCUCCCCAGGCCGCCUUUGCUUCGGCCACAGAGCGCGUCCGGGCUGGCACGCUCAGCCCAGAAGACGCACACCAGCUGUUCGAUGAAUUGCUACGGCAGGCCACUCCGGUUCCCGAGCGCUCUCUGGAUAGCUUCCUAGCCGCCCUCUCCCGUGAGCCAGAAUCUACAGCCUGCAGAGAUGGCCCCGCCCUCGUCCUUUCCCUCUUCAACCGUGUCUGUCGAGCAGAAGCCGGCAUGCAGGUGGCGCCGCCCACAAUCUUCACGUACGGCAUCCUCAUGAACUGCUGCUGCCGCACUCGCCGCCCGGAACUAGGGCUUGCCUUCUUCGGCCGCCUCCUAAGGACAGGCCUGAAGUCAAAUGAGACCGUCACCAGCACCCUCCUCAAGUGCCUCUGCUACGCGAAACGGACAGAUGAGGCUGUUAACCUGUUGUUUCAUCCGAUGCCUGAGCUCGGCUGUGUGCAUAAUGCCUUCUCAUACUCCAUUGUCCUGAAGAGCUUAUGCGACGAAAGGAGGAGCCAGCGAGCACUUGACCUGCUGCAGAUGAUCGCAAAAGAAGGAGGUACCUGCUCCCUCAACGUGGUGGCAUAUAACACCGUCAUCCACGGUUUCUUUAAGGAAGGAGAAGUAGGUAAGGCAUGCACUCUAUUCCAUGAAAUGAUGCAGCAAGGGAUCGUGUCAGAUGUGGUCACGUAUAGCUUGGUUAUUGAUGCGCUGUGCAAGGCCAGAGCAAUGGACAAGGCAGAGUUGUUCUUUUGGCAGAUGGUUGACAACGGUGUUCAACCAAAUGUAGUGACAUGUACUGCCAUGAUCCAUGGAUAUACCACUUUGGGCCGGUGGAAGGAGGCAACUAAGAUGUUCAGAGAAAUGACAAGGCAGGGUCUUAUACCAGAUACUGUUACUUGGAACUCAUUCAUGGCCUCCCUUUGCAAGCAUGGAAAUACCAAAGAAGCUGCAGAAAUUUUCUAUUCCAUGGCUGCCAAGGGCCAGCAGAAGCCAGAUAUCUUCUCAUACUCUAUUCUGCUUCACGGGUAUGCCUCUGAAGGAUGCUUUGUUGAUAUGAUUAAUCUCUUUAAUUCAAUGGCAAGCAAUGGUAUUGUAGCCAACUGCCAUGUUUUUACAAUAUUAAUUGAUGCAUAUGCUAAAUGCGGGAUGAUGGAUGAAGCUAUGCUCAUAUUUACCGAAAUGCAAGGACAGGGCGUGAGUCCGGAUGCCUGCACCUAUUUAUCUGUAAUAGCUGCACUUUGUAGAAUGGGUAGGCUGGAUCAUGCUAUUGACAAAUUCAAUCAGAUGAUUGCUAUGGGACUACAGCCAAACGCAGCUAUUUAUAACUCCUUGAUUCAGGGUUUUUGUUUGCAUGGUGAUUUGGUGAAAGCUAAGGAGUUGGUUGCUGAAAUGAUGAAAAAAGGUAUUCCUUGUCCCAACAUUGUAUUUUUCAGUUCAAUAAUGAACAGCCUAUGCAAAGAAGGAAGGGUUAUGGAUGCACACAAUAUCUUGAACUUGGUUAUAGAUGUAGGCGAGAGGCCUAAUGUUAUUACAUUUAGUUCACUGAUUGAUGGAUAUUGCUUAGUUGGCAAAAUGGAGGAAGCAUGCAGAGUACUUGAUGCCAUGAUAUCAGUUGGCAUUGAGCCUGAUGUUGUUACAUAUAGUACACUUGUUAAUGGCUAUAUGAGAAGCGGGAAUAUCGAUGAUGCGUUAAAUAUGUUCAGCAAAAUGUUGCAUAAGAGAGUUAAACCUACUACUGUCACAUAUGACAUCAUACUGGAUGGGUUAUUUCGUGCUGGGCAAACUGUUGCUGCAAAGAAAAGGUUCCGAGAGAUGAUCGAAAGUGGAAUAACAGUGCACAUUUCCACAUACAGUAUAAUCGUUGCAGGACUUUGUAGAAAUAAUUGUGCUGACGAAGCAAUCACCAUGUUCCAGAAAUUACGUGCAAUGAAUGUGAAGUUCGAUAUUGCAAUAUUCAAUACCAUUCUCAAUGCAAUAUACAAGGUUCGGAGAAGAGAAGAAGCUAAAGACCUGUUUGCUGCAAUUCCAGACAGUGGGUUGGUACCUAAUGCUUCUACUUUUGGAGUUAUGAUACAAAAUCUUCUAAAAGAAGGAUCAGUGGAAGAAGCUGACAAUAUGUUUUUAUCAAUGGAGAAGAGUGGUUGCGUUCCGAGCUCUCGCCUUUUAAAUGAUAUCGUUAGACUAUUAUUGGAAAAAGGUGAGAUAGUUAAGGCUGGAAAUUAUAUGUCUAAAGUUGCUGGCAAGAACAUCUCACUUGAAGCUUCAACUACUUCGUUGUUGAUUUCUCUGUUUUCAAAUAAAGGGAAAUAUCAAGAACAAAUAAAAUUGCUCCCUUCAAUGUACCAAUUUUUUGAUGGAGUCAGUUGAUGCACUGGAGCAGCAGAUAAAAGUUUGGCGGGGUUUCGAGAUCCUUCUCGACAAUGAGAACAUGUGUUCUGUUCAGUCGGCUCACCAUGAUCGAGUUGGGUG